AUCCCAUUGUCUGAUAUACAUAUUUAAUGCCCAGUGCCUCGUUGCCAUCGGAAUUGCGUGUGUCGAGCGCCAAUUUCUGCUGAAUAUAGAACGGAGUUGGAUUUCUAUUAAUGUGGUUGCCGGCGAUUGGACGUCGCUUAUCAAUAAAUAUCUACGCUUAUCAGGACUGCUACUUAAAGCUGACGAAACCUGAACACUGAUAUAUAAAACGAUUGUGUUUCGAGCAGACAACUUAGUUUUACUUGCAUUCGAUGAAAGACGUUAACAUGACGAAACGAGGUCGUAACUUGAUUUCCUGCACUGCUUUGGGUCUGGUGCUGGCGAUGAUCGCAGUGAUCCAUUCUCCGCCUGUGGAUGGGGCUAACAUUCUGGGAGUGUUUACCAGUCACAGUCCUUCGCAUCUAAUAAUCCAUAUGUCGGUUAUGAAGGCUUUGGCCGAGGAUGGUCACAAUGUGACGGUCGUGUCAUCAUUGCCACCAAAGGUCACCCACAAGAGCAUCAAACACAUUGUGAUACCGAUGAGCGAGAGCGAUGAAAAGACGCUCAAUGACGGCAUGUCCGUUUUGGCGAAAGAGAAGCCCUCGAUGAUCACCACCAUGAAGACCAUGUUUGGAUCCCUUCAGCUGCUCAUCAAUAAGCAGGUGGACGUGCUGGACGAUGAACGUUUCACAGAGCUCUACAGGAACAAGGGCAAUAAGUUCGAUGCAGUCGUUGUGGGAUUCUUUUUCAACAUGUAUCAGGUCGGUCUCGGUGCCAAGUUCAAUUGUCCGUUGAUUGUAAGCUGGUCGGGACCACCAAUGGAACAGAUCGAUGCCGUUAUUGGCAAUCCCAUUCUAACCGCCUCAGUGCCGACAAUGAACGUUGCUGUUCAAUUGGGACAGGUGAUGAACUUCAAACAGCGUCUGACCAACUUUUUCGCCACAAUAUCUUUCCGGGCCCUUGGUUACUAUUUGGAGUAUAAAAAUGCUGGAUUUUACGAGCGUCUGUUUGGCAAUGAUCCAUCGAUGAUCAGCUAUGAGCAGGCCAAGAAGAACGUGUCUGUUGUAUUCUGCAAUAGUCAUUCCAUUAGCGAAGGACCCAUUCGGCCUAAUGUGCCCGGAGUGGUUGAGGUUGGCGGCAUUCAGAUUAAGAACAAGCCUGAUCCUUUACCAGAGGACAUCAAGGAAUUUUUGGACAAUUCUAAGCAUGGAGCGAUACUCUUCAGUCUGGGCAGUAACCUCAAAGGCGAUCACAUUAAGCCUGAAGCCAUUGACAAGAUCUUCAAGACACUGUCUGGUCUAAAACAGAAUGUGAUUUGGAAAUGGGACGAUCUUAAGAAUACUCCCGGAAAAUCGGCAAACAUUCUCUAUAAGAAGUGGCUGCCACAGGACGACAUUCUCGCCCAUCCCCAAAUCAAACUCUUUAUUACUCACGCCGGCAAAGGAGGCGUGGCCGAGUCUCAGUACCAUGCAGUGCCCAUGCUGGCCUUGCCUGUCUUUGCCGAUCAGCCGGGAAAUGCCGAUAAGUUAGUUCAAUCGGGUUACGGAAUUCGCUUGGAUUUGAUCACGCUUAAGACGGACGAGCUUAAGGCUGCCAUCAAAGAAUUACUGCAGAAUCCCAGCUACGCAAACAAACUCCAGAAAUUCUCCAAGCUUUAUCGCGAUCGUCCAAUGACAGCUCGAGACUUGGUUAUCUACUGGACCAACUAUGUGCUCCGUCAUCAUGGUGCUGCCCAUAUGCAGAGUCCCCUGGUCCACAUGAACUCUAUCGAGAGCAGUAACGUGGACCUCUAUGUGCUACUAGCUGUAGUACUAUCCAUUGUCCUCAUGAUCAACAUAGUUCUGUUUAAGUUUAUUUGCAGGAAAUGCUGUGGUAGCAAGCGCUGCUCAAAGAAGAAUACACAAAAAACGAAAGUCAAGAAAAACUAAAUUAAGUUAUAGUAAUAAGGACGAUGUGAAGGUAUCGAAGUAAAUACAUUUUUUACAAAAUUAA